CAUUGGAAGACGUACAACACGACGCUGCUCCGGGGCUUUUAAUGUAACCGGAGUAUGAGAAGCUAUGGGAAGGACGGUGUGGAUAGUUCUUCUGAUUCUGUGUGCUGAGAUGCUACUAAGUACUGCAAAGAAAAGGUGUGUGUGCAGAAGAAAGUUGAAGUGCCACUGUGAGGGAGUGAAAGGCAACAAGGGAGACAGAGGUUUCCCAGGAGAUCCAGGUCCCCAAGGGCCAAUGGGCUAUACAGGACCGGAAGGUCAUGGUGGGCCAAUUGGGCCUAAGGGUGACACCGGCCAUGACGGACCUGUGGGGCCAAAAGGCAGACGGGGGCCCCCUGGUAAGGAAGGACUUGCAGGGUCACCAGGUUUACCGGGGAAAGCAGGACCAACAGGCCCACCUGGGCCGCCCGGUCGUAUUAAAGAGUUUGUCUCUGGCAGCUUUGAGUUUAAGGGUGAAAAAGGAGACAAAGGAGAUGUAGGAGAAAAAGGAUGCAAGGGUGAGCCAGGAGAACCUAGUUAUGGUGACUUCAUUAAAGGAGCAAAGGGUGACAAAGGAUUGGAAGGUCCAGAGGGAAGGCCGGGGAAGGACGGAGAACCUGGGCAACCUGGAAUUGUGGGAAGCCCUGGUCCCACAGGUGACCCAGGACAUCCAGGAACACCCAGUGGACAGGGUGAAAAGGGAAACAGGGGUCCUCCUGGUCCACGUGAAGAUAUUGUUGGGCCUGUAAUUGGACAUCUCAAAGGAUAUCGUGGAGAUCCUGGUCCUCCAGGUGCUCCUGGGAUUCCAGGACAUCAAGGCCAUAGAGCUUCUGGGACGACAGCUUUAUAUGGUCCACCAGGGUUUCCAGGUUCUAAAGGUGACCCGGGGGAGCCAGGCGUUUUUUAUGUAGGACUACCAGGAGUAGAUGGCAAUCCUGGUGAACAAGGACCUCAAGGUGAUCAGGGACCACCUGGACCUCCUGAGGACAGAAGUAACAGAAUUACCAAAGGUGUUCCAGGAAUGAAAGGAGUGAAGGGUAUCCCUGGUUUUCCUGGGUAUGAUGGGAACUACGGAAUGAAAGGAGAAAAAGGGGAGCCCUGUUAUGAGUGUUACGGAAUGGGUUCGGAAUUACCAGGACCGAGAGGGCCACCGGGGCUUCCUGGAAUCCCUGGUUUUAAUCAAGGUCCUGGUGCCAAAGGUGAGCCAGGUUUCCCAGGACCUAAAGGGUUACCUGGAAUACACGGUCCACUUGGUGAAACAGGAUUUCGGGGCCUCCCUGGAGCAAAAGGAGACUCAUAUUCCUACCACACCCCAGGGGUGAAGGGACAGAAAGGAGAGCCGGGUCAGCCUGGCAGGCCUGGUGUGGAUGGCCAACCUGGGCGCCCUGGGCAGCCCGGUCGCAAAGGUGAUCAAGGCCGUCAGGGAGAUGGGUAUCCAUAUCCAGGUGUGGUGGGAGAUCAUGGAUUCAAAGGUCUACAAGGAAUUCCAGGCAGACCCGGUCCAAUUGGCCAUCCAGGAGUUGCGGGAUAUGGCCUAGUCGGACCCCCGGGAGAUAAAGGAGAUGUUGGGGUGCCUGGAUUACCAGGACAACCAGGAAUUCCAGGUCAGAAAGGGGAGCCUAGCCACAUCCAUACUGAAGGAUUUCCUGGACCACCUGGAUUUAAAGGUCCCCCUGGUCCACAUGGAAGGCCAGGCAAUCAAGGAGCUCCAGGAGUUCCAGGAAGACCAGGCUUUCCAGGACAGAAAGGAGAAAAGGGUUAUGUGUCAUACCCUGGUGAGCCAGGACUCCCAGGAGAGAAAGGUAAAAAGGGGCAGCCAGGGCUUCCAGGCACCUCUAGCAGAGGCAUGCCUGGGCGACCAGGUCCACCAGGAGCUCCUGGUCCUCAAGGACUGAAGGGUGAUGGUGGCUCUGGAUACCCUGGAACUGAUGGCCUUCCAGGGAUUCCGGGAGAUGGUGGAGCUCAGGGACCUGUAGGAGAUCCUGGUCCCCCUGGCCAACCUGGUAUACCAGGGCUACCAGGCAAUCUGGGGUUUGCAGGAGAAAAAGGGAGUAAAGGUUCUGUGGGAGCUCCAGGACUACCUGGUGAUAAAGAUUCAUGCAAAGGUGGUCCACCUGGACCAAUGGGACCACCAGGACCAGAAGGGCAUCAAGGACAUCCAGGACCAAAUGGCCAUCCUGGUGAGAAGGGGAAUCAAGGUUCACCGGGAUUUGGUUGGCCUGGCCCACCUGGUGAGCCUGGUCUCCCUGGAGUGUCCUUGCCUGGUUUACAAGGGUUUCCGGGACAAAAAGGGUCUCAGGGACAGAAUGGUGUACCUGGGUUACCAGGACUGACAGGAGACCCUGGUCCACAUGGGACACCAGGAAAUGGCCCUGUUGGACCACCUGGAUAUAUUGGACCACCAGGUCAAACAGGUUCUCCUGGCAUAAAGGGAGCCAAAGGUUACAGGGGAGACCCAGGCAUAAGUGGUGACACAGGUCUGAGGGGUCCCCCAGGACCUUCUGCACCAUCAUCACUUAUUGGUCCUCCAGGGGACCCUGGGAAACCUGGUUUGCCUGGACCAGAUGGUCCUCCUGGAUAUGCUGGCGUAAUUGGACCAAAGGGACUUAGAGGUGUUCAGGGAACACCAGGAGGUCCUGGACAAAGAGGUCCACCUGGAGAUCCAGGUAUUGAUGGACCUGUGUUCUCAAAAGGAGGUCAAGGACCUCCUGGAGAUCCUGGUGACCCAGGACUCAGAGGGCCACCAGGACCAAAGGGUGUAAAGGGAGAUCUGGGGUUCCCUGGUGGCCAGGGUCCAGAUGGUGCUCCAGGUCAGUCUGGCUACAAAGGAGUUAAAGGUGAACCAAGUUAUUAUGGACAUGGACCUCCGGGACCAAGAGGACAAAAGGGUGAGCCGGGAUUGAGCAACACUGAUUUGAUGAAGGGCCAGAAAGGGGAACCAGGCUUUGUUGGACACCCAGGUCUAUUAGGGAAUCGUGGAACCAAAGGAAACCAAGGACCACCUGGGCAAAAUGGGUUACCUGGAUAUCAAGGUCCUAAAGGCUCAGAUGGACCAAAAGGAAGGAAAGGAGCCCCAGGACCCAAUGGACCUCCAGGUAAACCAGGUCUUCCAGGUAUCACUGGUAAUCCUGGUCCUAAAGGCAACAGGGGCUUAGAUGGGAUUCCGGGACCACCAGGACAGAAGGGGCAGACUAUCAUCACAGGAGGGAUGCUUGGUCCUCGGGGAAACAAUGGUCGACCAGGACCUGUCGGAGACCCUGGUCCUCCUGGUUUGUCUCUCCCAUCAAGUCCUGGAUUAACGGGAGAGAGAGGACCUCCGGGUCCACCAGGGGCCCCUGGGCAGAAAGGACCACAAGGAUUUGAAGGUGCAUGCAUUCCUGGGUCGAAAGGAGACCGCGGUUUGCCUGGAAAACCCGGUAGCAUCGGUUUGCCAGGUGUGCGUGGCCCUCCAGGUCCCAGUGUAAUAGGAUUAAAGGGAGACAGAGGAGACAUUGGUCCCAUAGGUCCUCCAGGGUACGCUGGACUCCCAGGAGAUCCAGGUCCUCCAGGUCCUCCUGGCACCGGAGGCAAACCUGGUGACCCAGGACCAAGAGGUGAUCCUGGUCUCCCUGGAUUCCCAGGACCCCCUGGUGACAGGGGAAACCCUGGAUACAUUCCAGGCCUACCUGGCCAGCGUGGCCCCAAAGGUUUUCCUGGCCCACCAGGCUUGAAAGGUGAACCUGGAUACAGCAACAUCAUAUAUGAACCAGGACCUCCUGGCUUACCUGGCCUUACUGGAAUUCAGGGAUUUCCAGGAAUUGCUGGACCAUCAGGACAUCCGGGCCUUCAAGGGCCACCAGGCAUUAAAGGAGUUUGUGGUUCCAGCCCAACCGGCCAGCCUGGAUUUCCAGGGCAUAAAGGAGAAAAGGGAAUAGCAGGACUACCAGGUCCACUAGGAAGUCCUGGAGCUCCAGGCCUGCAGGGUCCUCCAGGAUUUCCAGGCUCCAGUGGUGUGGGUUUUGCUGACACCUUCCUUAUAGCCAGACACAGUCAGAGCAUCCAUGUCCCCGACUGUCCUCAAGGAACCAGCCUCUUCUAUUCCGGGUACUCUUUUCUUUUCAUCAAUGGGAACAAAAGAGCCCAUGGAGAGGAUCUUGGCACCAUUGGAAGCUGCCUCCCUCGAUUCUCCACCAUGCCAUUCCUGUUCUGUGACACAGAAAAUAAAUGUCGCUAUGCUUCUGGUAAUGAUUACUCCUAUUGGUUGUCCACUGACAAGCCUAUGCCUGCAAACAUGGCUGCCAUAACAGGGGACAUAUUGGCCUCUUACAUCAGCAGGUGCUCAGUGUGUGAAACCACCUCUAAUAUCAUGGCAGUCCACAGCCAGACAACACUGAUCCCAGAUUGUCCAUCAGGCUGGGAGUCCCUCUGGACUGGAUACUCAUUCGUCAUGCAAACGGGUACUGGUGCAGAGGGCACUUCUCAGCCCCUGGUUUCUCCUGGCUCUUGUCUGGAAAGUUUCCGUCAAGUGCCGUUCAUUGAGUGUCACAGCAGAGGAAUGUGUAACAGCUACCUUGAUGCCUACAGCUACUGGCUGGCUUCCCUCAACCCCAGGAACAUGUUUAGUAAACCUGCUUCUCAGAUUGUAAAGGGACCGUCUCUACAAAGUGUCAUUAGCCGGUGCAGGGUUUGUAUGAAGCCUUGGAAGCUUCUCCAGUCAGGUGGAACUCAAAAAUAAGGUGGGUAACUUCACAGUCUGCCCACAGCCUGCAGGAGAGGACUGUCCUACAUAAAGAACACACACUUGGAGAGUUUUCAAGAAUCAGUAGUUCAGGUUCCAAUGUCAUUUUGAAUAUGACCAGUAUGCUAAAUGUGAGAAAAUCCACUGUAAACUGUAUUGCAUUUACAUCUGUACAUUGUCU